AUGUUGUGCAAAAAGUCACUUACCGGGGGCCAAAUAAACUGCCAACGCCUGUUCAAGUCCCUCGAUUGUAUUUGUGAUGGCUGUGGUACCAGUGAACGCGGAGACGUAGAGGAUGAUUUUGAGAAUGAGAGUCCCGACCCCUGCCAAACUGCACUUAUUGCUGGAGGUCUUGUUCGGGUAUUGGCUCGAGAUUUCUUUGAUCACAACGCGACUCCUCCACUCCGUUUACAGAGGCUGCGCGUUCGAUUGGCUUCCAUGUCUGAUACCGAUUGGGUGGCGGCUCUAUCAGAAGUGACCUGUCAGUAUCAUCGGCGAACGGGGGACCAUCUUAAUUUGAGUUCCAGUUACUUCGACAUGACGACGUCUCUGUCUUCUCAGAGACAAACCCACGGCGUCAAAUCUGACCCACUCCUUCCCACCACUGUUUCACCUUCUCCCUACCGGUUACUUCCGUCAACGAAUUCCGGUCAGCGUCAGUUGCCAGUUGGUGUUGAAAACUUUUUUCGGAGCGCUUCUACUGAGUGGAGAAGUGAAAACGAUUAUGGUGUUGGGCGUUUGACGUCCAAGCGUCUCAUUAUCAGCCCGAUUAUACCCAAAGAAAAGAGGAAAGGGAUCCUGUUGAGCCAAGAAAACCACUGCUUUGGGUGUGGCGUCUACGUCGAAACAAGUUCUGAAACCCUUCUGACUUUGGACAAAUUGCCCCCACACUGGAUCGUUUCAGCAAAGACCUGGAGUCUGUCGGAUCUGGUCGCCCUUGCAAGUACACCAGAGGGCUCCCGAGCUGGCAUGUCAGAAUGCCUCCGCGCAGCUCUGGAGGAGUGUGCGACCCACUUGUUUAAAUGCAUGCGGUGUCGCGCACGAGGCCAGAUCUGCGAGUUGUGCCACAAGGGGCGCCUCCUCUUCCCUCUCCUCGGACAGUCCGAGACCAAAGUGUGUCCUGACUGUGGCGCGUGCUUCCACCGAGACUGUUUCCUUCGAAUGGCGCGUCAGCAUGAACCCAGUCAAAACUUCUGUCCUCGCUGCAUCCGACUGUGCAAACAUCGUGAGACCAUCUAA